AUGCGGUCUUCGAUAAGGCGUGCCAACUUGCCUCGACAACUGUCCGUCUCCACUCCUCGUGCAUCUCCAUCCCGAUCUUCUGCUCUUUUGGCAUCUCGAUCCACCGCGCAACCUUCUUCUUACGUCCAAACACGUACUUUCUUUGGUAUAUUCAAAAAGAAAGCAGCUCCCUCAACAUCAUCAGCACCACCACCAUUACUGUCCCAAGAUGAUCUCUUCCACCCUUUAUCCCAUUCCCCUUUCCCAGCCUUGAAAGAAAAAGCCGAUCGGAUAAAAUCGGUAUCAUUGUGUCCCACUUCUUUCGAAAAACAUCAUGAGCGUGUGAGACCCGCUUUCGACUGUCCUGAUUGUGGAUGGCCCACUCAUAAAAACCAGGAAAGAUGGGAAGAGGGCAAAGAGGAUCACAAAGAAUACUGCGGUAGAUUAAAAGAGGUAAAUGAAGAUGAACAUGAUUUGAGGAGUGGAAGGAAAAUGUCAGAAUUUGAAAACAUGCCAGAGGAACAGCCAUAUGAAUCAGCCAUCAACUUUGCUUCAUGGGAUACUCUGUUCUUCACUCGAAAUUUCCUUUCAAUCGAUUCCGAUCGUUCAGUGCGACAUGUUUCUAAGAUUCUCACAUACCCUAUGACUAUCGCUGGUGUGCUGCAUCAAAACGGACCUUUCACUUCAGGUAAUGGAAGGAUCACCAGGGAAGGACGUAGAAGUAUGGCAGCUGUUCAUUCUGUGUUGCACUUGCCACCUGGAGCUACAGUGGAGACUGCUCCAGAAAAACCUCAACCACCUUUCCGACUAUUCCUCCUCGGUGCUAGAGCCGAAUCAACUCUCCCUCCUCACCUCUGGGCCCAAUUGUGCUGGCUCUUCCCUCGAACCAACUUCGACAUAUAUUUCAUCGGUCCCGAAGUCGGCUUACCACUUGUGAACGCUGAAUUGCGUCAAAAAAGUGACUAUGCGUUUUCAGAAGCAGGUGGAUGGGGUGCACCAAGUCAUACAUUAAACUACAAUCAACGUUUAUCCCUUACUUCCAUCCGAGCUCCAUAUGAACAAAUUCACGACCAGUUGGGGCCUUUUGAUCCUUACACAGAUGUUUUCUUCGCCUUUUCUCCAGGUUUCGGUUUCCCGGAUCAACCUUUACUCGAAAAAAUCACCAAAGGUGGCAAAGGUCAAAUAACGUUUGAUCGGGCUGAAGAAGUUAAGAAAUCUGAGGCUGGUGCAACUGCGGAAGAUGCUGCCAAUGCUUAUUCGCCUGCCGAAGUGGAUGGAGGUAAUUCCAGAGAUGUUCCUUAUGCUCCUCCUGAAACCCUUGUACAAGCCCAAACAACUUGGCGAAGACCAUUACAACAGAUUCUUGGAACAAAAUGUCCUUUCUUCUUCACUGCAUUUUCCCCAUUGGAUUUACAACGUGAUGUCUCCGCUUUGUUCGGUACCAACCCUCCUUCAGCUUCAUCGCCCGGAUCACCCGUUCGAGAGUUCCCAGAUUAUGUCGCUCUUCCAACUGGACCCAUCGAACCUAUUGACGGAGUAACAGAUGAGUUCGAAUUGGUUCUGACACCAGGCGUUAACCCGUUCGGAAGUGCAAAAUGGGAAAUUGCAGAAUGGGAUGUUCGAGUAGGCGUAAAGACGAAUUGGGGUACUUGGGGUAUCAGAGGUAAGAAAUAUGAUGUUGUUAAUGACAGAAACAGGGUUUAA